AUGCGUGCGUAUGGGACUUUGAGGAAGCAGCAAGUGAGUCAUCACGUUUCAGAAGAUUCAGAAGAUUCAGAUGAUUUAUUGGAAAGGAGGGAGAUGAUUUUAUAUGUUCGGAAGAAACAUUUUAGACGAAACAAUAACUCAAAAAUCAAUUUAUCAGCAAUAGUACCGAAUUUAUUUAUCAUCUUGAUUGGAGUAAUUGCUCUAUAUCUCCCAUAUCAUUAUUUUAAUAUUGUAAAUUCCGAUUCGAAUAAUAAUUUUGUGAAUAAUUGUGAAAGCUCUGUAAUUGCAACACAAUCUACAACUACUGAAGAUAAUUUGAAAGUGGAAAAUGCUAAUUUGGAUAUCAGAAAAUCAGAAUUUGUAAAAGAUACUGAUAAACUAGUACUAGUCACUAGAAUUAUUGGAAACCAAGAAUCUCUUCCAGAAAGUUUCCUUAAUUUCCUAAAUAAGAAAUCCAAAGAGUAUAAUCUUAAUUUGCUAUUCAUUUCUAAUGAAAAUUUACUACAGGAAAACACAAAGAAAAUUCAUCAUUUACUAAUUCCAAAAAGAAUUGCAACCAAUCGCCUCAAUGAAGACAUUCUUCAAUCAGAUAUUUCACAUUUUUUAGUUCAAUAUGAAAUCUCAACCUAUUCGAUAGUACUGUUAUCUGUCAAGUAUGAAUUGGAGUUGGAAUCAAUGCAAUUUUCAAUGAAGGAUUUCAAGGAAAGUUUCAAACCUCCCAUGACUUGUAUUUUUCAAGUUACUCAGAGCUAUUUCAAUAGAGAUGAUUUUGGAGUUCAAUUUACAAACUCAAAUAAUAUCAGAAGUGAAUUGAAUCAAAUUGAGCAGACCUUUAAAACAAAAGAAAUAACAUAG